UUUAAAGCUAUAAACUUCUUCAAAUCUUGCGCAUUCUUUGAUCACACGAGCUAGAGUAUGGACGGCAACAAGUUCGGUAUCGUAGACUAUGUCGUGUUUCUGGGCAUGAUAAUAGUGUCCACGGCCACAGGAAUAUAUUAUGGAUACAUCAAGAAGAGCAAUAAAAAACCAGAAGAACCUAUACCAUUAGUCAGUCCCGGUCAGAGAGGAAAACAUGAUUUCGGAUCGGAAAAACUAAACGAGUACCUGAUGGGAUCGGGUAGACUUAGAGUUUUCCCCAUAGCUAUGAGCCUAAUAGCAAGUUCCAUAUCGGGUGUCUCAAUUUUGGGUACCCCACCGGAGGUCUACAAUUAUGGUACCCAAUAUUGGAUGACAAUUGUACCAAUUUUAUUACAAUAUUUCGCCAUCGCUUAUAUUUAUUUGCCAGUAUUCUGGGCCGUUAAAGUUGGCUCUUCAAAUGAGUACUUGGAGCUGCGCUUUCACUCAAGUAUUCGAAGUAUAGUAUCGAUUAUUUUUGUUCUGGGUGUGUUGUUGUACUUGCCCUUUUUGGUUUAUUUACCUGCCUUAUCCUUAAACCAAGUAUCUGGAAUUAACAUUUACGUAAUAGAAGCAAUUAUUGUGGUGGUUUGCGUUUUUUAUACUAUUGUGGGAGGUCUAAAAGCUGUGGUUCAUACGGAUGUUUGGCAAACGGUGAUCAUGUUUGUUUCAGUUAUAGUCAUUGCUAUUCUGGGAACCAUUUAUGCCACUGGCAUGGAUUCUAUUUUUGAUGACUUGGAUCAGAGGGAACGCCUUGAAUUUUUCAACAUAGAUCCGUCACUUUAUGUACGGCAUACCGUAUGGGGAUUGGUCAUCGGAGAUUUCUUCAACUGGGUUACCUUAUAUGCUGUGAGCCCAACUAUGGUACAUCGGUAUAUGUCGCUUCCGUCCCUAAAAAAAGCUAGGGCUUCGUUGGCCAUUUAUACGGUAGGUAGUGCUGGGUUUAUCUUGCUCUGCAGCUAUUUGGGAGUGCUCCUCUUCGACAAGUACAAGGACUGUGAUCCUUUGAGUGCAGGUCUGAUUACGAACGACGAUCAAAUGUUGUCCCUGUUCGUGGUCCAGAGUGUGGGUGACAUUUACGGGUUGCCGGGUUUGUUCAUAGCCGGAAUCUUUGGAGCAGGCUUGAGCUCGCUCUCGGUCUAUUACAAUUCCACCUCCAUGGUGAUUCUAGAGGACAUUUUUAGGGGUUGCUUCAAAAUGCGUCCAAGUGAAAGAAUGUCCAAUAUCAUUGUUAAAUCCAGCAUUAUAGUCAUUGGAGUUCUUUCCAUGGCCCUGGCCUUGGUCUUGGAAAAACUUAGUGGUAUUCUGAGUGUCUGCUCUGCUCUGACUGCCAUAGCAGCUAGUGCUUCAUUUGGCAUAUUUACCCUUGGAAUGCUAGUUCCUUGGGCCAACACCCUGGGCACGGCAAUUGGGGCCCUUGCCGGGGUCCUUCUAUCCGGAUGGAUAACCCUCGGAUCUCAGUUUGCAGCGGCAUCAGGACAGUUGAAUUCUCAGAAACGACCCAUGUCCGUGGAUGGAUGUGAAGGUAAUGUAACGCUUUUGGAAACUACUUGGGUGAACGAGGAGGACGUGUUGCCACUUUACCGGAUUUCCUACCACUGGCUUAAUGUCAUUGGAGUUAUUACAGUGUUAGUUGUGGGAUCUUUGGUAUCCCUUGUGACGAAACCCACUAACAUAAGGACUCUUGAUUUGGAUCUGUUAUCACCGGUGAUUCACAGGUAA